AUGGGAAUGGGAGCGAGCUCUGUCUCCGACAAGGACCCCAAUGGAUGGGGCGGAAGAGCUCAGGGAUUGGCCGUCAAGACGCUGGUUCUGGUCGGGGGUGCGCUUCUGUUGAAGCGGCUUACUAAAUCCACUACUCGUUGGGACCAUGCUCGCUUCGUCUCUCAAUCGCUCACCGGUGAGAAGUUCUCCAGGGAGCAAGCAUCCAGAGAUCCUGAUAAUUACUUCAAUAUUAGGAUGUUUUUAUGCCCUGCUGCUGAGAUGGUGGAUGGUUCAAAGGUUUUGUACUUUGAGCAGGCAUUCUGGCGAACUCCUCAUAAACCCUUUCGGCAGAGGUUUUACAUGGUGAAGCCUUGUCCAAAGGAGUUAAAAUGUGAUGUGGAGGUAAGUACAUAUGCAAUUAGAGAUGCAGAAGAGUACAAGAAUUUCUGUGAUCGACCAAAGGACCAACGCCCACUUCCUGAAGAAGUCAUUGGUGAUAUUGCAGAACACCUCACCACAUUAUAUCUAAAUCGUUGUGACCGUAGAAAACGCUGCCUUUAUGAAGGUUCCACUCCACCAGAAGGAUUCCCUAAUACAUGGAAUGGUGCUUCCUAUUGUACCUCGGAGCUUGCUGUACUGAAGAACAACGAAGUGCAUAUGUGGGAUAGAGGUUAUGACGACGAUGGAAAUCAGGUCUGGGGAGUGAGGGAAGGUGCCUAUGAAUUCAAGCCUGCACCAGCUUCUACUAACCUCAAUGGCAUUUUUACCUCUUUAAACUUCCCCCCUGCCCAAUCAAUUGCUAAAAAGAUAGAGGGUUCCUUUGUCUUGGAAGACUGA